AUGCCGAACCAGGCCAGCAGCGGGAUAAGCUUCCAGUGGGAUAAGCUGUCACCUGCAGAGUUCCAGCAGUUGCAAGAGUUGACUUCAUAUUCAAAUAGAAAAUUGCAAGAUGUGCUCAACGAGCUGUGUGAAGUUCGGAAACAGAACCCGGAUGGG